AUGAGAAUUCAAGAGUUAGCUGAAGACUUAUCCUCUUUCCAGACGCGAGUUGAUCGAAGUUUGGAGGACCUGCAGCAGCGUUCUGUUGAUCAUCAAACCCAGUUCGUGAACCUCAACAAUCAGCUUCAACAAAUCCAUGCAGCGAUUAUGGGUGUUGAAUCUCGCAUGAAUGAUCAUGCCAUACUCAGACCUUCAACAAAUGCAGUUCCAAGUAGUUCUGGUCAUGCAGAACAUAAUCAAUUCAGGUUUGAUCAUUCGGAUUCGCGAAAUGUGAUGCGAUCUGUUAAAAUGGAAUUACUUUCUUUUGAUGGAAAAGAUCCAGUGUCCUGGAUUUUUCGAACGGAGUUGUAUUUUGGGUUGCAUCAAAUACCCGAUACUCUAAAGGUUCGUUUAGCAGGUAUGAAAAUGGAGGGAAUGGCUGGUCCAUGGUUUCAAUGGUUGUUUAGUGGAGGCACGAUUCAAUUGUGGGAGGAUUUCAAGGUUGCAUUACAGCAACGUUUUGGUGGCACUACAUACACUGAUCUCAGGGGUGUGUUAUCCAAAUUAACUCAGGAGGGAGAUCUUACUGAUUACAUUCGAAGUUUUGAAGCAUUGAUUAAUCAAGUAACCGAGUUUUCUGAUGCGGUUUUGAUGAGUUUUUUUGUUUCUGGUUUGCAAGCUGAUUUAAGGAGAGCAAUUCAAUUGCAUAAACCCACUUCCUUGCAUCAAGCCAUGCAAUUGGCCUUGACAUAUGAAGCUCAUUACUUGGACCUUCGUAAGUCCCUGUCCUCUGUACCCCAGAAAUUUUAUCCCAAGCCCUUGUCCAGUGUCUCACACAACCCUACUACCACCUUUGUACCACACCACAAAUCAAAUUUUCCUGCCUUGCCAUCUACUGUACCUAUCAACAAACCAAGUUCUCCAGCCUUACCACCUCCAGCAUCCAGUAGGAGGGUGUCUAAUGAAUAUCUGCAGAAGAGAAAGGAUUUGGGUUUGUGCUAUACUUGUGAUGAGAAGUGGAAUUCUAAGCACAUAUGUAAAGGUCGUAUGUUGUUCAUGGUUGGGGAAUCUGAAGAUGCCGUGUUAGACAGUGAGGAACAAAUAGUAUGGCAGCCUGAACAGAUGCCACAAGAUCAUACUGAAUCAGUGAUACAACAUAUGGAUGCAGCAUUACAUUCUAUGGAGAGUGACCAGAAUCCUAGAGCUUUGCAAUUUCAUAUUCAGAUGAAUGGCAGGUCAGUUCCUAUUCUCAUAGAUUCAGGCAGUUCUCAUAACUUUGUGCAAAAGGAACUAGCUCUCAGUUUAGGCUUGCCUAUGAUUAAAGUCCCAAAAAUGAGGGUAUUCUUAGGAAAUAGGGAUUUUCUGGUGUGUGAAAAGAAGUGUCCUGCUGCUGUGAUGAACAUUCAAGGGCAUGACUUUGUGGUGGACCUUUGGAUUAUUGAUUUAACUGGUCUAGGAAUUAUUUUGGGUAUCAUGUGGUUGAGUACUUUGGGAAAAGUUAUCCAUGAUUAUACUGAUCUAUCAAUGGAAUUUAAUUGGCACAAUCAGAGGAUAAUUUUGAGGGGAGAGGGAGGCAGUAAUAAGAGUUCUUCUGCUGAAUGCUUUGCUUUACCUCAAAUUGAUGCUGUCACCAUGCUUUCGGGGGAAAUCAGUGUCAAGGAAGGAUUAACAGAAUUGUCAACAGUAAAGGAUACAAUUCCUUUGGCUGUGUGGAACGUUUUGGUUCAGUACCAAGAUGUCUUUCAAGUACCACAAGGACUACCUCCUGCUAGGGAUUAUGACCAUGCUAUCCACUUACAAGCAGAUUCCAAGCCAGUUAAUGUGCGGCCCUAUAGAUAUGGUCAUCAUCAAAAAUCUGAAAUCGAGAAGCAAGUGGCUGAUUUGUUAGUUUCUGGUUUCAUUAAGGUUAGCAGAAGUCCCUAUUCUUCACCAGUUCUGCUUGUGAAAAAGCAUGACAAUUCUUGGCGAAUGUGCAUUGAUUAUAGAGCUUUAAAUAAAAUAACAAUAAGGGAUCGAUUCCCAAUCCCUACUAUAGAUGAACUACUUGAUGAAUUGAGAGGAGCAAGUGUAUUUUCCAAGUUGGAUUUAAGAAGUGGAUAUCACCAAAUACGGUUACUUCCUCAAGACACUCUCAAGACAGCCUUUAGGACUCAUGAUGGACAUUAUGAGUUUUUGGUAAUGCCAUUUGGUUUGACAAAUGCUCCAUCUACAUUCCAAUCGGCAAUGAAUCAAAUGUUUAGACCCUAUUUGAGACGAUUCAUCAUAGUGUUCUUUGAUGACAUCUUGAUAUAUAGUGUUUCUCUUGAUGAACACUUGAUUCAUUUGCAAUUGGCCUUAGAAUGCUUGCAACAGAAUCAGUUUAAGGUCAAAAUUAGUAAAUGUGGGUUUGCUCUAUUUGAAGUGGACUAUUUAGGACAUCUUGUUUCAGGAGAGGGGGGUUAA